UUCAAGUUUCCCAUAUUUAGUUAUUUCAGAUUUAGCGAAAAACAUAAUGUCUGGAUACCCAGGAGCACCUAGAGGAGCGUAUCCCGGAGCUGGAGCACCAAGGGGGGCAUACCCUGGCGCCCCACCACAACAGCAAUACGGAGGAGCUCCGCCCCCUCAAUAUGGAGGAGCUCCUCCUAGUCAGCAGUAUGGAGCUCAGCCAGGAGGGUAUGGAGGUCAACCUGGAUAUGGAGGUCAACCUGGUUAUGGAGGUCAACCACCAGUAGAUCCACAAAUCGCUCAAUGGUUCAAUGCAGUAGAUCAAGACAGAAGUGGACAAAUCGAUGCACGUGAGCUGCAGAGGGCGCUUGUCAACGGGAACUGGAGCAACUUCAGCGAGGAGGCCUGUAGAAUGAUGAUCGAGAUGUUUGAUGCAAACGGAAGCGGAACUAUUGAUGUAAACGAGUUCAUCAAGCUCUUUACUUACAUCAAUAAGUGGAAGGAAGUUUAUGAAUCAGAAGACAAGGAUAGAUCAGGACAGAUUGAGGAAAAAGAGUUUAAGAAAGCGCUUGAACAGAUGGGAUACAGGUUUAGUCCCACAUUCAUUGGAAACCUUCUUAAUAAAUACGAUCCAAGAGGAAGAAGAUUGACACUGGACAACUUUAUUGUAUCCUGUGUUCAGAUUAAGAGACUUACAGAUUCUUUCCGGGGUCGUGAUACCGAGCAGAGAGGGCAGGCUAGCUUCCAGUACGAGGACUUCAUCGGGGUGGCCAUGGGAGCCCACAAGUAGACGGAGAAUAUUAUUAACAUGGGAUAACGGGAAAAUUUAAAAAUUAAUUUAAAUUGUUAUCCCUUUGUUAAAACUAUACAGUGUACUGUGUACAACGUUACAUGUACUAAUUAAGUGCACAUUGGACUUGGUUGAUAAAAUUAUUAAGUAAUCAAAACUAUGCACUUAAUCUGUUACAAUCAAUAAUCAUCAGUAAACAUUAAAAACGAACAUUCCUUGAACCCCACUUUUAUGCAUAUCUUCUUGUUCUAAAUAUCGCCUGUAUUAUGCAGGAUGAAACAACAAACUUGGUAUUUACUAUUUAGCAAUUCUGUAAUUAUUCCAUAGAACUUAAAGUUAUCCAUGUUUUUUUUAUAAUUUGUGAUACAUUGAUUGUGAAUUUGUUUUGUAUUUAACCUGGAACCAUUUGAUUAAAUAUCAAACCAUGAAUGUUUUUUUUUGUAUCCUUCAAUCAAAUAAUUUGUUGUGUUGACCUAUCUUGUAUUUAUGGAAUAUUCUAUUGUGCCAACUUUCAACUAUUAAAAUCGCAUAACUAAGAGUUAAAAUAAAAAAAAUAUAUUAUAGCAAAAUUUAUGUUUUCUGAUUCAUCAACGUUAUUAAACUGUUCAUAAACAUAAAUAUUUUUGUAAAGAUUUCACUUUUCCUGCCAAUUAUGAUUAUUAUCCGAUUUGUUUUUGGUUAAUGGCGAUCCACAUUCCACAAUUCAUAUCAUAUUGGAUUGGAUGACAAACUUAUUUCAGAAAGAAUUACUGAACACGUUUUCCUCAAUUUAUUAGAUUUUUCUAUUUUUAUAAUUUUGCAACUUGAUGUAGAACUUUGAUACUUCAGCAUUUAACUCUGCUAAAUCUUGAGGCAUGUGUUAAAAAAUGUGUGUGUACGCUCGAAAAUUGUAUUAUUGGACUUUAAACAAAAUUUAAUAAGUAAUUUAUCAAGCAUGUACUUUGGCGAGUGCAGUAAAGCUAUGAAGAUUGUGGAAACCAUGUGAUUCGCCCUGUUCAACAUCAUUUGUUAUGAUAAUACCUCAUAUAAAUCAAAUCUAAUAUUUUUCUGUGAAAUUUAUUACCUAAUAAAAUCCUUUUUAAUA